ACUUGAUACCCGCCAUCUGCCUACAGCCACAAUCUCUUGAUAAGGAGUCAUAGCGUUGUUCCCGACCAACCGGAUCCCGUCUCCCCAAGCUGGUAUGUUAACCUUGUUGCCUCCCCCCCCCCCUCCCCCCUUCAAUUGGAUCGGACACACGACUGACUCAUUGGAAACUCUUAGAUUCCCCUCCCAAUUCCCGCACCUCUACUACAAAUACAAUGAAUUCCCUCCCUUCUCCACCACGUUCACCCCAAUCUCUACAGUCUCGACAGAGUCCGGAAAGGAUGAGCAUCACACAAACAUUCUAUCUCGCCCACAAGGCCCGGGGCAAGCUCUCAUCAGAGGCUUCCCGACAAGACCACAACCUGCGUCUGCUAGUUGGUAAGUCAAACGCUCAGUCAUCUAUUUAAGCUUUGUUGCUAACUUUUACUCGUGAUAAUAGGACACGCAAAUCUUCUCGACACAUUGAUGGUCCACUUGUCCGAGGCGGAGAGGGAUCAAGAGAGGUGGUUCAACACCAUGGUCCGAGGAAACGAAGAGCCACGCGAGUACCGAGAUCUGCCAGAGACAAUCGAGGAGGAGCCAGAGGAAUAUGGAUCGUUGGCAGCGGAUUACGAUUCGGAUUCGGACUCGAGCGAGGAUUCAGGCGACGAGGAGAUGGAGGACGUCGAUACCACGUAUACCCUUACCCGGGAAACUUCGUACAAAUACUACCAAGUACGGGAGACCAUCAUCGGUGUAUCAGAGGUUGAGCAAGACUACGAGGAGGACGAGGAGACGGAGGAUGAGGAUGAGGAUGGAAUGUUCUCCCUUACACGAACAAGAUCGAGACGACCACCAUCACUUUGUUCCGAUUACUCUGAUGACGAGGAGGAGGAGUCGAAUCCACCAUCACCACCACAACCGACGAUCCCACCUCCUCCGCUGUCACACAAACAGCAUUCAUACUUUGCCGAGCAGCAUGGCUCGGAGCCCCAAGAUUUAUUCGAGUACUACGAGCCUCAAAGAGCGCCCGCCAUGAUAAGUUCAUAUUAGGCGGAGUUUCCUUUUCGUCACCGAUGAACAUUUCCUUUUUUUCCACUUCCGUUUCUCAUUUGUACAGAUUUUUUUUUUUUACGGGUAGGAUAUAUCUUAUUUGUUUAUGAGCGGGAUUU